AGAAACGUCCGCUACGAGCCUCCACCAUCCUCGAGUGUAAAAAGUGGAUAAUAGUAGAUACCUAACCGUCGUGAUGUCAAUCGUGAAUGAAUCACGUUUGCUAUACGGAUUGCGCUCGCAAAUUGCACUCGAGACGAAUGAGGUGUGCAUGUAAUUCCGUAAAAUGGCAUGAACGACGAUGGUUCUCCUGCUCUCGUGCUGCUCACAUGCUCUUCUAGGCUGAGUGCCAUAACCAAACUUUACUUGUAUAUGCUUGGCGAACACAAACCGCUUCAAAAUGAUGCAACAAUACAUGAAGGAACUCGAACAGGAUCCGUUCGACCCAGAAGAAUUUGUUGAACGGCUGGCCUGGAGGACUGUCAAUGACAACACGAAAGAUGGGGGGAAGACCUUCUUCGAUCCGGUUAUCGUCCAUGAAACCUUCCUGCAGGCGAUCAAGGAUUUGCAGACGCUGCAGGAACGCCAGCAGAAGAAAUGCGACAGAUUGGAAGCCGCGCUGAAGGAGGAGGAGGCUCGACACGCGUUUGAGAUAGUAGAACUGCAAGAAAGAAACAGGCAUUCCAUUGACUUGUUUUAUCAGCUAGACGAGAGGAUAAAUCUCGUGGCUACCAAGGUCUUACACCUGGGCGAUCAGUUGGAGAGCGUCAACACACCGAGGGCGAGAGCAGUGGAGGCCCAGAAACUGAUGAGACACUUUUCAGAGUUUCUAAGUCCCGGCCCAUUGACAGAUCCGAUUUUCACUGACAAAUCUUCGCUGAACGACGCUGCGGAUGUGAUACAAAAGCUUCACCUUAUAGCUCAGGAGCUCCCUUCCGAAAAGUUUGAACAUGCGAAGAAGAAGAUCGCCGUCAAGUACGACGAGAUAGAACGAAAUCUGAUCGAGGAGUUCGUAAGAGCGCACAACAGGGAGGAUGCGCCCCGCAUGAGAGAGCUGGCGAGCACUCUGGCUCACUUCAAGGGUUACUCGCAGUGCAUUGACGCGUUCAUCGAGCAGAGUCAAAUGGGCUCGUUCGGUGGGAAGGACGUCUUUCAGGAUGUCAUACCUAUGUGCACCAAGUAUCACAAGCUGAUGCAACAAGUAUUCACGAAUCCCGAGCAGGUGAUGGCCAAGUUCGUCCUAAAUAUUUACCAUCUGCGUCUGCAAAAGUACGCGGUGGCCAAGUUGGCCGACAGAACCGAUUCGGACAAGUAUCUCAGGAACUUGUACGACCUGUAUACGAGGACGGUCAAGCUGUCCAAUGACUUGAGGGUCUUCAAUAUGGGCACUGAUGACACUUAUCUGUCGAAGCUCACCAGAAACAUCUUUCAGAAGUAUCUCGACACCUAUAUCACGGUCGAGACGAAGGCGUUCCGAGAACGGUCGACGGCGCUCCUCAUCGAGUAUUACGAGUCGAAGAAUCACCAGAAGAAGCAGCUGCAAACCGGUGGCUUCCAGGAGCUGCGCAGAGACUUGCAAGCAGUGUUGGGCGCGAGGACCAACAUAAACAUCGCUCAAAUAGAGGACUAUGGCGGCGAGACGUUCCUAUCGGAGGAACUAGCGAUCGCGAUACUGCAGAGGAGCAAGCUCGCCUUUCAGAGAUGUCAGUUGCUCUCGCAGUCCGCCGACGUGCCCGGCAACGCGGUGCAGGUCUUCGAGAUAUUGUUGCAGUACUUGAUAAGCGAGCACGUGGACUACGCGCUAGAACUGGGCCUGCAAGGCGUGCCCAUUCCAGAGAGCAGGACUCAACCGGAGAUUCACUUCUUCAACGUGAUGCAUCAGUGCAACGCGAUCGUCCGGCUCCUGGAGGAGCAGUUCAACGACAGCGUAUUGCCUCUCGUCCUUUCGACAGCCAAGCACGCCGAUUGCUUGUUGAAGAAGAAAGCGAUCUUGGAACAGAUCGACGUAAAGUUGGACACCGGCCUGGACCGCAGCAUAAACGCCAUCGUGGGCUGGGUGAAGGUGUACCUACAAAACGAGCAAAGGAAGACGGACUUCAAGCCGGAGACCGACGUCGACACGGUGAACACUCCAGCCUGCCUGGUGGUGGUGCAGUACGUGAGCGGAAUGAUACGACUGAUACGAAACACGCUGGACGGCAGACACCUGGAGACCGCUCUGAAGGAGCUGGGCAUCAGGUUUCACAAGGUCAUCUACGAUCACUUGCAGCAGUUCCAGUUCAACUCGGCUGGCGCGAUGUGCGCGAUAUGCGACAUGAACGAGUACCGCAAGUGCAUCAAGGAGCUGGAGGUCGAAUUUGUCACGAAUCUCUUCGACACCCUGCACGCCCUGUGUAAUCUGCUGUUGGUCAAGCCGGAGAACCUGAAACAAGUCUGCACGGGUGAUCAACUGAUGACACUUGAUCGCACCGUUCUACUUAACUUUAUUCAAUUACGGACCGAUUACAAGACACAGAAGUUAGCCAAUUGUUUAAAAGGCCUGGCGACAUGAUGACGCAUUCUACUUACUUAAUAAGGAAACCGAUACAUGCAUACUUCGCGCUCAGCCUAAUCUCUUCGUACACGAGUUCAGUGAUAGAAAUCGCUACUAAACACGAAAGCAAUCGUUAAUACAAGAUUUAAUAUAAGAUUUUAUGUAUUCAUGCCUGUUGUUUGAUUAGAAGUUUUUUUUGUCGUCCGGGGCUCGUCACAAUUAUCAUGUACAUAUGUGAAAAUGUUCGCAAAAAAAUAGCACUCUUUAAACAUAUCCUUCCUACUCGGUACUUUGACAAGACGCAAUAAACGAGUACACGUGUGGUAAGACGUACGCGAAUAAAGACCUACA